CAUGCACCAUGUACCAGCGUCUGUCGGACAUCGCCUCCUUUGCGUUCUUCUGAUCAAUUUUCUUCAUCCUCAAGUAACUAGUUUACUAAUAGUAGUAUGGUAGCUCUACGACUCCAAGUAAUAGAGAGAAGAAAGUUUUGAGUCGGAUGCAGCAGGCAAUACUCAUACCGCAAUGCUAAGAGAGUGACUACAGCAGUAGAUCAACCGGUUUUACAACACAGUAGUUAUUUGAUAGCAAUGAUCAUGACUGCGAAAGUUGCUCAAAUCGAACUAUGCUGACUUCAACAACCUGACCUGCUUGGUUGAGAGUUGAGGGGCUGCCAUUGAAAUUCGCGUGCCACCAUGUCGGCGACGGCCCUUCCACCACUGGCCCGAAAGCAGCCUGACAGGCGCGCACAGGCCCGCAGCGUCGGUAGCAGCGCAAGCAGCAGCUCCGUCAGGCUUCCGCCGAUUGGACAUGCCCACGGCAGUCGACAAGUGCGCUCCGACCGGCUGGGCUCAGGUGGUGGCGGUAUCUCCGUUGGCAAUGUUCAGAUCACUCUGCAGGAGCUGACCAAGCCGGCAGACUCGUUUGACAGCAUACAGCGAGACUUGGUCGACCUCGACUUGUCCAGGUUUGGCAAGUCCGGCUUCGAGUCCUCCUGCUUGAACCUCCUGGAGGGUGGCUACUUUCGCGCCUUCGUAGAACUAUUCAAUUACAAUGAACAGGAGAAGGCCGAUCGAGAGGCAGCUGGCAAAGACUCUGGAUACUACUAUGAUCCACUGGUCAGUGACAGCACUGAGAAGUUGGACUGUCUGCAGACAUACCUGGGUGCUGCGGAGGAUGCCAUGCGCCGAGACGAUGGAGAAAAGGUUUAUGAUGCGCAAUGCAAGCUUGCACAGUACUUUGAAGAGACGGGUGAUAUCUGGCUAUCAGACCGGGUCUACCAGAGCAGCCUCGAGACUGCCAAGGGUGUGUCCACGGACGGUCGGGAGCGAGAAGGGACUGCUCAUGCCAACUUCGGACUGGCACUGGAAGGCAGAGGGAAGUAUGCGGAAGCUGCACAGCACUUUGAACGGUAUUUCAAGCUCGCAAAAGCGGCGGACCCACCCUGGUACUCGAUGUCCGGAGAGAGCCUGGUGAAGGCUGCUGCGGAGAAUGUGGCACGCAUUUGCACAACACUGGCCGAAGAGCUGUUUGAUGAGGAUCAGGAGCAGAGUAUUGCCUACCUCAAGAAGAGCCUGGACCAUGCCCGGCAUAUCGGCACUCGUGCUGAAGGAUUGGCACACUAUCGCCUUGGCAACAUGUAUCAGUCCAUCAGCAACUUUGAGAAGGCAGUUGAUCACCACAAGGCCUACCUGGAGAAGAGUCGGCAUUGCCAAGACCAGCAGGGCCUGGCUGCGGCUUGUGAAGCGCUGGCACUAGCCAAUGAAAGCCUGGAGCGCUGGGACGAGGCCAUCAACUACCACUCGCUGCUACAAGAAGCGGCGAAGAGGAGUAACGAUCAGCAACUGCUGGCGAAAGCAAUGUCUCAACUGGGCACUCUGAAGAAUAUGCUGGGUGAUUUUGACGAGGCGGUUACAUUGAUGGACACAUGCUGCACAAUACAGAUGGGAGAAUCCAGCAGCGAGCUGUCUGAUCGCGCCGUCCAGGAAACACGGGCCCGCUACAGCACCUGCAAGGGCCACCUGUCGGCGGCCAACGUAAACAAGGUCCUCCGCUCAGGUGUCUCGAUGAACUUUGACUGUGAGGAUCUCAACCUUCUCCUCCUGUGGAAGGACACACGCCUGUUGGAAUACCCUGAGAAAGUUCUGUCCGUCAAGGAUGCGCUCAAAAAGUAUGGAGAGGCCAGUGGUGAGGAAGGCGACGACAAAGAAGAUAAUAAGAAAGAUGAAAACCCCGAGGAAACGUUACAGGACGCUCGGCCUCCAUCACCAGUGGAUGGAACCAGUGAAUAGCGUUGAAGGCGGUGAAGAGGCCAAGUCAGCCACUAAUGCUGAGAAGGACCAGCAACGUACAAUUACAAGGCCGUGACUGUGCUACCGGCUGGAUUGGAUCAGCUGGACAUUGCAAUGACCAAUGCCUGACGGCAAUAACUUGACAACAAAGUUUAAUAAUAGUUGGUAAAGCCCUUGUUUUGUUUCUGCUUAGGAUUGAGCUGCCAUCACGAUUGUGCUAUCUCAAGUGGAUCAGCUUUCUUGUUUUUGUUUGUUUGUGACCGUGAGGUUGUUUGAUUAGCAGCAGUGGCCCGAAGUAUGCUAUGGCCACAGCCAAGAAUGGAAAUGGACCGUGACUUGAGACUUGUUUUUGUACGGUGCAAACUUAUCGGAAUUGUUUCACAACCAAACAACAAGAAGACAGAGAAAGUGUUUCAACUCUGAGUUUCACGCACUAAGCGAUAAUCAGAAAACAGCUACUAGCUGCCUCUCGGUAUCAUCAGUGAUCACUCUCUUUAGCCUGGACCUCUCUGUUUUAAUUGUUUCACAACCUUCAGACAGUGUAUACAUGUAUCUUCCUGGUCCUGGUUCUUCCACCAUGCAAUAUGUUUGUCCUCCCGCACAUGAUCACAUGCACCGUACGGUAUCAAUGCCUGGAGAACACUUUUCUGAGUUUUCCGCUCAA